AUGUCUACCCUCGCUGCCGCGCCAUUUACUCUUGCUGCUGCACCAUUACCCUCGCUGCCACACCAUUACCCUCGCUUCCGCACCAUCACCCUCGCUGCUGCACCAUUACCCUCGCUGCUGCACCAUUACCCUCGCUGCCGCACCAUUACCCUCGCUGCCGCGCCAUUUACCCUCGCUGCUGCACCAUUACCCUCGCUGCCACGCCAUUUACCCUUGCUGCUGCACCAUUACGUUACCCUUGCUGCCGCACCAUUACCCUCGCUGCUGCACCAUUACCCUCGCUGCCGCACCAUUACCCUCGCUGCCGCGCCAUUUACCCUCGCUGCUGCACCAUUACCCUCGCUGCCGCACCAUUACCCUCGCUGCCGCGCCAUCUACCCUUGCUGCUGCACCAUUACCCUCGCUGCCGCACCAUUACCCUCGCUGCCGCACCAUUACCCUCGAUGCUGCACCAUUACCCUCGCUGCCGCGCCAUUUACCCUCGCUGCUGCACCAUUACCCUCGCUGCCGCACCAUUUACCCUUGCUGCUGCACCAUUACCCUCGCUGCCGCACCAUUACCCUCGCUGCCGCACCAUUACCCUCGCUGCUGCACCAUUACCCUCGCUGCCGCACCAUUACCCUCUCUGCCGCACCAUUUACCCUCGCUGCUGCACCAUUACCCUCGCUGCCGCACCAUUACCCUCGCUGCCGCGCCAUUUACUCUUGCUGCUGCACCAUUACCCUCGCUGCCACACACCCUCGCUGCCGCACCAUCACCCUCGCUGCUGCACCAUUACCCUCGCUGCUGCACCAUUACCCUCGCUGCCGCACCAUUACCCUCGCUGCCGCGCCAUUUACCCUCGCUGCUGCACCAUUACCCUCGCUGCCGCGCCAUUUACCCUUGCUGCUGCACCAUUACGUUACCCUUGCUGCCGCACCAUUACCCUCGCUGCUGCACCAUUACCCUCGCUGCCGCACCAUUACCCUCGCUGCCGCGCCAUUUACCCUCGCUGCUGCACCAUUACCCUCGCUGCCGCACCAUUACCCUCGCUGCCGCGCCAUCUACCCUUGCUGCUGCACCAUUACCCUCGCUGCCGCACCAUUACCCUCGCUGCCGCACCAUUACCCUCGCUGCUGCACCAUUACCCUCGCUGCCGCGCCAUUUACCCUCGCUGCUGCACCAUUACCCUCGCUGCCGCACCAUUUACCCUUGCUGCUGCACCAUUACCCUCGCUGCCGCACCAUUACCCUCGCUGCCGGCCCAUUGACCUUAACCCUAAAUCCUUUCCUGCAUCGCCUCGGCUUGCCGUGCCAUGCAUGCUUCCUCCCCACGUAUUUCUCUGUAUUCUCCCCGCCUCGUCACUGCCAUGCCAUGUAUGGCUUGUCCCCACCAUCCCAUUCCCCUCCCCCUCUACUCGCCCUCUACUCUCGUCCCCACCAUCCCAUUCCCCUCCCCCUCUACUCGCCCUCUACCCUCGUCUCCACCAUCCCAUUCCCCUCCCCCUCUACUCGCCCUCUACUCUCGUCCCCACCAUCCCAUUCCCCUCCCCCUCUACUCGCCCUCUACUCUCGUCCCCACCAUCCCAUUCCCCUCUCCCUCUACUCGCCCUCUACUCUCGUCCCCACCAUCCCAUUCCCCUCCCCCUCUACUCGACCUCUACUCUCGUCCCCACCAUCCCAUUCCCCUCCCCCUCUACUCGCCCUCUACUCUCGUCCCCACCAUCCCAUUGCUCCCCCCCCCCUAGGAGACUUGUCAACCACCUCUGUGUUGGGCAGCCUUCCAUCUUCUCUCAUCCGCCUCUCUCACCUCACCUACCUCAACAUCGGUUCACCAAGUAUCACGGGGAGCGUGGAGGGCCUUUCAUGGAUCUCAAGCCUCACCAACCUACAUGCACUCGUGAUGGCGGGUAUGGACAGCAUGAAGGGGGAUCUAUCGGCCCUCACGUUUCUCACUUCUCUUAAAGCCAUGCAAAGCCUCACCAUCUCAAACGUGCCAUGGACAGGGGAACUUCCAGCAUUGCUUGCCACGCUCACCUCCCUCACUUCCUUGGACUUGAGCUACCUGGAAGAAACUUCUGAAUUUCCCCGAUGGGUGGUGGAAUUGACAGCUCUGCGAUACUUCGACAAUUCUCGCAACAACAUUGCUGCUACCUACCGCUCUGACGUGUUGCCUCAGGAGCUCCACCGUCUCUCACACCUGCAGCACUUUGAUGCAACAGGCAACAAUCUAGUUGGUGCUCUUCCUGAGUAUUGGACCUCGCUCAACCACCUGACCUACUUAUCGUUUGAUUGGAACGAGAUUCGGGGUUCCAUUCCGUCAUCUUUCUCUGCCCUCACUGCGCUGUGCACUCUGUCCUUGUCGAGCAACAGCAUGGAUGGCACGAUCCCUCCCGUCCUCUCCACUACUCUCACCAGCCUUGAUCUGCAGGGAAAUCAAUUCUCUGGUCGCAUUCCGCAUUUCCUUGGCUACCUCUCCGGUCUGCAAAGCCUGAAACUCGCUGGCAACAACUUCUCUGGGGCCAUUCCACAGUCUUUCACAAACCUCGUAAAUGUUUCUUCUCUGGACCUUGGCGGCAACCAGCUGUCGUCGGGCCUUGAUGUGAUCAGCGAGAUGACCUGGCUUACGAUGGUAUUUCUAAGCUCAAACCAAUUUGCAGAUGCAUUUCCAGGCCACCUGUCCUGGCCUUCAGUCAGUGUGUUGAGCAUUCGGCAGAAUAACAUGCAAGGGCCCUUCCCGAGUGCUGUGCUCACACUUACCACCCUCGAAUCCUUGGAUAUUGGACAAAACGGAUUUUCUGGGUCCAUUCCUGGGGGAAUCUCCAAGCUCACACGGUUGAGAGAACUAUAUCUUGACUACAACAGCUUCCACGGGGAGAUUUCAUGGAUCUCCACUCUUUUGACUAUGGAAAGCUUGUCGUUGCAAUACAACAAAUUCAACGGGCAGCUGCCGAAUACCCUGUCCCUGACUGCUUUAAACUCACUGUUGCUCCAGAACAAUGGUUUCUCAGGAUCGUUACCUGAUUUUUCAAAGUGGUCUACUUCCCUAUUGACUCUGAAUCUCAGGGCCAACAAUCUCACAGGGUCCAUCCCAGACUCCAUUAGUACUCUGACAAGUCUUUUUUUCUUUACCGUGAGCAGAAACCAGAUCUCGGGAACCAUCCCAGUAGCUCUGUUGAGCUUAACGAGCCUGAAUCUUGUCGACCUUGCUUCCAACAGCUUUUCAGGACCCUUGCCUUCGGCCAUUGGUGCUCUCUCCAAUCUUGCUAAGUUGUCUGUGUAUGACAACCUGCUCUCAGGCACGCUCCCCACAUCCAUAUGCAACCUCACACUCAUGGACACCAUGUUUCUCCGCAACAAUUACUUCUAUGGAGAGUUUCCUUCGUGCCUCUUUGAACAUUGUUUGCACCGAAUUGACAUCAGCAACAACAGUUUCUAUGGGCACAUCAACACCAAUUUCCGCAGCACGGUUCCGGACGACAAUGGGCUCCUGAACAUCGCCAGCAACUAUUUCUACGGCGACCCCACGCUCUACGCCGAUGGCUGCCAGUUCUGCCCCUCCGGGGUCAUCCCGCCCCACGUGCUGGAAGAGCCUUACAAAGGUUCGAGCAAUGCUGGGCGAUGUGGAUACAGCGCAGCACAGGAGGGGGCUCGGAAGCAAGGCCGGGCAAGUGUGCGGCUGAACUGCUUCGCGCUGAACCAGCAGGCAGGGUGCACGGCAAAUGAGACGCAACGGGGAAACGAGGCAUGCCUGUCAUUCUGUAGUAUGUCGCGGGAGCAAGGGCAGUGUGACGGGCACGGGGCGUGCGUGCCAGUACAGGCAGGCGCGGCAGAUGGGGGGUUCAUGUGUGAGUGUGAGGAGGGAUUCGUGACGAUCAACGGCACCUUCGGCUCCACGUGUGCUCGACCUUCUCCGCCAACAUCUGCAGGGCUAUCCACAGGUGCAGUGGUGGGGAUUGCCAUCGGCUCAGCUGCAACUAUUGCUCUCCUCCUCGCUCUGGUUGUCGUUCUGCUCUGGCCAAAACAACGCAAGCGGUGGAGGGACCUGGACGUGUGUCAGGAGUUCAGCAUCGGUGAGAUUCUGCAGGCAACUGACAACUGGUCGAGCGACAACGUGCUGGGCAAGGGCGGCUUUGCCACGGUGUACAAGGGAGUGUCACGCAAAGGAGAGCUUCUGGCGGUGAAGCGAGUUGAACUCAUGUCCAACGAGUUUGAAACCGAGGUGCGAGCGAUGGCAUCGCUGCGCCACGACAACGUGGUGCGCCUGCUGGGCUUCUGCCUGCAUCAGAGCACGGAGAGUGGGCGGCAGGAGCAGAUCCUCGUGUACGAGUUCAUGAGCAAUGGAGACCUGCAACACCACAUCCAUAGCAAACGUUCCUCUUUGUCUCUGCACCAGCGGGUGAAGGUGGCGCAGGGAGCAGCGGAGGGAGUGGCAUACCUGCACAGCUUCACCCCGCCCAUCGUGCACCGAGACCUCAAGCCCGGCAACAUCCUCAUUGGCGACCUCUUCCAGGCCAAGAUCGCAGACUUUGGGUUGCUCAAGAAGCUCACCGACACAGAUGGGGGAGGCGACACAACACGGGUGGCAGGAACACCGGGCUACGUGGAUCCGGACUACAACCGAACACACGUGGUGACUGAGAAGAGCGACGUGUACAGCUUCGGCAUUGUGCUGCUGCAGCUGCUAACAGGGCAUGGGACGCAUGUGGAGGGCACCAACCGUCACAUCUGCCGCUGGGCGACCAGCAAGGUGCAGGCGUACGAGUUUGCCUCACUCAAGGACCCCAAGCUGGAUGCGCCAGAGGAGGCGGUGGUGGAGCUGGCAGACAUCGCGCUCGACUGUGUCAAGGUGCCCGGAUCCCGCCGCCCCGACAUGAAGGACGUCGCACGCCGCCUGCAGGGCCUCCUCACCAAGUACUGUGCGGAUGGCUCUUCCAUUAGCACUGGCCAACCUGGAAUGCACAUGGAGGUGGAACCCAGCGUUCGUGGCAAUAUCAGCGUCGAUACCAGUGAGAGGGAAGAAAAGGUUGGCGGCUGCGGAGUAGGCAGCGCAGCAGCAGUGUGGCGGCAGGAGCUGCGUCAGCCAUCCCCGCCACCCUCGUCGCCUCCCCCCACGGCUGCUGCUGUGCGUACCGGAGGCGGGGCAGCGCGUGGGGCAGCGCGCACGUUUGCGUGCGCGGCUGCUGCUGCGCGUAACGGGGGCGGGGCAGUGUGUGGGGCAGUGUGCACGAUUGCCUGCGUGGCUACUGCUGCUCAUAAUGGGACAGGGGGCGGGGCAGCGUGGGACGGGGCAGGUAGCACGGGGCAGGCAGCGAGCGAGUGCUGCGAAAAGCGCCUUCACGGCGCCAUGAUAGAAAACGGUUGGCCUCAUGAUUUAAUCGCUCUGAUACCAUGUUAA